AAGUGUGUGUGUGUAAUAAGCGCCAUGUCUGCACUGCGUUGGUACUGGACCCUCCUGGUGCUGGUGCUGGUUCUGACCGGUCUGGAGGAGACCCGGGCCCAGAAGUCGGAGCCCCGCGCGGCGCCAGGAGUCAGCAUGUUCCGCGGCGCGGACCAGUACAACUUCGCCAUCCUGCUGGGCGGCUCCGGCUACCAGUGCUACUGGCACUUCGCCCACCAGACCGGCCGCUUCUACCUCACAUACAUGGUGCAGAGGGUGAGCACCAUGUCUGCAGACCGGCGGGUGCAUGUGACGGUGCUGUCCCCUGAGGGGGUGCCAGUGGCCUACUCUGAUAAGCCCUUGGACCAGAUCACCUUGGAGACACAGAUGACAGGUUUCUACCAAAUGUGCUUUGGGAACUUUCUAAACAAGUUUGGGACUAUGCAAGUGUACCUGGACUUUGGGGUGUACUAUGAAGGAUCGGAGCCUCAGGUGAAGAGCGAAGAAGAGUUGCAGAUAGAUGCAGACCAGCUAAACAGCACCCUCACCAACAUACAGGAGAUCACCGGCAAGCUGAAAUCCAAUCUGUUCCACAUGUGGCGCUACUUCAACUACGGCCGCAUGAAGAGGAGCACAGAUCACUACCUGCUGGAGUCCAACUCCGCCUACGUCACCUGGUGGUCUGCGGCCCAGAGCCUGCUCAUCAUCAUGGCCGGAUACCUACAGCUCUACACCAUCAAACGCUUCUUCCACACCCAGCCCAACAGGCCUCGAUGCUGAGGGGGAAGAAGUCAAGUGUCAAGUCAAGUGUACUUUAUUGUCAAAAAUCUAUGUAACAGGGUUAGCACAGAAGUUUGAAAUUGCGUUUGACCAGUCUCCAAUGUGCAGUUUAACUAAAAACAUUUAAAUAAAACAUUGCUAAUAAUCUCUCUCUCUCUCUCUCUCUCUCUCUCUCUCUCUCUCUCUCUCUCUCUCUCUCUCUCUCUCUCUCUCUCUCUCUCUCUCUCUCUCACACACACACACACACACAUACAGAAAGUAGAAAGUGGUGUUUUGUUUUUGCUCGUUUCACUUAUUCACUUUUAGUGUAGGAUACAUUACUCAAGAAUUAUAACCCAUUUUGUAUCAGAAAAGUUCACAAGGAAAUAUUCAAUCCAAGAAUGGCCCCUACUUAAAUUAGUACAUUGAAAAUUAUUGUAAUGUAGGCCUAUUACAGUUAUUCAUAUGCUUUCCCCUAUUUUGCUCACCACCGUUUCUCAAAGGGGGGGGGGGGGGGGGGUCCA